UUUACAAACUUUGACUGCGCGAGCGUUUCUCUGUGGAAAAUCUAAGAAAAGUGCAAUGAAAGUGAGGAAAAAGAGGGAAAUGAGCACUGAGGAUGAGGAUCGGAAAGUGGAGCUUCCAGUGACGCCUCGCCAGAGGAGGCCGAAGAAGAAGAAAAAGGAGGAUUAUGAUGACUCAGAUCCUGUGGACAUCAUGAAUGAUAUCGUGGAGGAGUCCUCUUCAAGAGCGCCUGACGCAUUGACGCCUCAGAGUGCCGCUGAGAAGCUGAAGAGCCAGGCGAAGAGCUCAUCUUCGCGGUCACAGAAGCGGAAGCGCCAGAAGCGCGACAGCGGCACGAGUAGCGACGAGGAGCGAUGGCUGGAAAAGAUCAAGGAUCCCAAGAUGAUGACAGCGCGACAGAGAGCGAUGUAUGAGCGAGGGAAUGAGAAGGAGGUGAAUUCAAUCGCACCGCCAGAAGUCCUCAUGGCUCUGCCCACGGGAUACAAGGAGAAAGUCCUGUCGGCUGAGGCACUGGAGAAGGCACAGCUGAUGUCGCAGAAGCGCAAGCAGAUGGCGGAUGAGAAGCGCGAGAAGGACAAAAAGAAGACGAUGGAGAGGUUGCUGAAGAAGCAGGACUCGAAGAUGGGGAAGAACUCGAAGAACCAGAGAUCUCGCACAAUUCUGCCCACAAUCAUCUAUCGGAACACACUCGAGGGCAUCACUAUGACUUACCCACCCAAUUUCUCAUACCCGCUGGCGCCGCAGGGGUCACGAGAGGCCCCAAAAGCCACUCCGUGCGUGAUCUGUGGCCAUCCGAAAAAGUAUAACUGCUCCAAGACAAAUGUGCCGCUCUGCAGCUUCAGAUGCUACAAGCAGAACGUGGCGUCGAUCCAGCAAAUCUUCUGCUAGUCUGAGCGGCGGAUAAGAAUAUUUAUAUUUUAAUUGGUUUCGAGAUUUAGUGACGCAAUCAGGCGAUUCAGUUGACUUUGUGCUAAAAUGCAAAUUAAUUGAUUGGAUAUAAAUGAAAAUUAUAUGCUAAGCCGA